AUGCUAGAUGAAUCUGAAGCCUCCGUUUCUCUAUGCGAUGCCAUCGUGAACAGCACGUUUCCUCAAUCGGAAGAUCUCCUCACCUCUGAACUGUCCUCCAAGACCAUUCCAUUACUGCUCAACCAGAUUUCCGCGAUCCGAAGCGAGCUGCGCGAUGAAAUAAAAGCCACCAGCAAAGAUGAUGUUGGAGAUGUUGACCAGUGGAUAUUACAGGCCAGAAAAGUGCAGGAGAACAUUGCAAGAUGUAAACUCGAGUCGAAAAGAAUCGUGGAAGAUUAUCAGCAUGUCCGGGCCCUACGAGACGAAGCUACGGACUAUCAACAUAAAGUGGACCUCCUUGAAAUAGAAAUCGAGUUUACGGAGACUCUGAGACGAGAGUUGCAAAACGUGGCUCAAAUAGCAAAGUCUUUACGAGAAGUUGAGGAAUGUUUGUUGCAGGAUGACCCUUGCAGAGCAGCCUCCAAAUUGCAAAACCUGGAAGGCAAUAUUACAGGCAUGCUGAGAUCACGAGCCUCAACACUAGGCCGAGAUCUGAAAGAUGAACUACGACUUAGGACUCGCGUACAACUUGAGGCAAAGUUGAAUGCACAGAUUCAUAUCGGGGGGGGACCGCAACAAUGUAGCAUCGAGGCUCUCCCGAGUGAGACCGACGCCACAUCGAUGAACUCGGACGCUAUUCUACGAGCUCUGGACCACUUAGGCGAUUCGCAGGAGUCGAUCGAAGCUUUGACAGACAAACUCAAGACGUUUGUCUUACAACCUCUACGACGCUCAGCGAGAUUCAAGCUGGCUCGUUAUAAAUUAGGACGGCACGAUAUGAGCGUUCAACUCGAUCUGAAUGGCCCAUCCAUGCAGUUGGUCCUCGACUUUGUGCUUGAUUUUAUAAAGUUUUUGCAUUCAUCGCUGUCCGAAACGAUACAAAAAGCAGCAGCCAAACACGUCCUGCCAGAUCUGAUGGCGCUGUUGGCAACUGAUUGGCUGAAUCCCGGUCUUCCUACUGAACUUACUGAGCUCGAUCGACUCGAUGAAAUGCAACAACAAGUAAAUCGAAUUUUAGACCGACUCAAACCCCUAAAAUGGGAAGGACAGGCACAGCUUCAGGGUUGGAUGGACGAAAUACACCGUGCCUGGUUAAAUCAACGCAAAGCAGCAACUCUCGAUGCAGUCCGAACGGCGUUUGCUUCGUCCAAGGGAACUCUGCGACAAGUUGAAAGGGUAGAACGGCAGAUGGUACCAGCUGCGACGGAAGAGGAGAGCCAGGCUGAGGAUGACACUAUUGACUGGGAUGCUGGCUGGGAUGAUGAUAACAAAGACAAGGCAACAACAGCAGAAACAACAAAACCAGAUGACGACGAAGAUGCCAGUGGUUGGGGGUUCGAUGACGAUGACGAUGAAAAUCAAGAGAAGAAAGGCGAGGAGAACGGGCAUCCAACACAAACCGAUGGUGAUGACAAUGACGCUGGCGACGCAUGGGGCUGGGGUGAUGGCGAUGAAAGUCCAGAGGAGACAAAGUCGGAACCAACAAGCAAAGAUCAUUCCCGCCAAGUCAAUGGAGCCAACAAGCCCAAGAAAGUUGAGAAAGUGGUCACAUUAUCGGAAUUCUACAGCAUCAGCGAGAUCCCCGACCGCCUUGUCGAAAUUAUAGGCAGAGACAUCUCUGAUGCCCAAAUCAUCCAAGAGACUCAACACAAGAGCCUCGACUCCUCAACAGCAUCAAGAGGCCUUCUCACCCUUCCUACUCUAGCUCUAGCAAUGUUCCGUGCUACAGCACCCAGCUACUACGGCGCCUCCGCUUCUUUGACCGACAUCCACCGAUACAACGACUCGCUGUACAUCGCCGACCGACUCCGUGACAUGAGCGUGCCCAGCGGCAUGCCGAAUAUCGAAGCGGACAUCAAAUCUAUGGAGAAAUUCGCGCGACUCGCCUACUCGAAGGAGAUGGAGACCCAGCGCAUCAUAAUCUGGGACCUCCUCGAAGGUGCUCAGGGAUUCACAUCCUGUACCCAGUUCCCAUAUUCACAGGAAAUCGAGAACGCCGUGUCCGCCGUUGUCGAUCGGAUCCGGGCCCUGCACACGGAAUGGAAACCUAUCCUCUCCACCUCGGCGCUGAUGCAGAGCAUCGGCUCCCUCGUCACUAUGGUCACGGCCAAAGUGAUUUCUUCCAUUGAAGAAAUGGAUGAUAUUUCCGAACCAGAAUCCCAGCGCCUAGCUUCAUUAUGUCAGCAGAUCGCGUCUCUGGAAGAUUUGUUCUUAUCGACCCCGCCGUCCGGCGAAGAGCCUGUGCCCAUGACUGCCGUGUAUGUCACCAACUGGCUGAAGUUCCAAUAUUUGAUCAAUAUCCUAGAGAGUUCGCUCGUGGACAUCAAGUAUCUCUGGACCGAGGGCGAGUUGAGCCUGGAAUUCAGCGCCGAUGAAGUCGUGGAGCUCAUCAAGGCAUUAUUCGCUGAGAGUGCACAUAGGAGAAAUGCAAUUGCUGCUAUUAAGGGGCAGCGGGCGUCGCGGCAGUAG